AUGGCAUUACAAAAAGCAAAUUCUUCUCAUCAUAAUAGUAAUGAUGUUGCACGUGAAAAAUUUUACGAACUUGCUGAAAAACAUAUUGAUGCAUUAAAUCCUAAAUUUCGUAAUAAAGCUGUU